CUCUGGUACGGUAAAGUGAGGGCGACGAAAUGGAAGGUGUUGUAGAUGUUAUGUGAAACCGUGGAAAAUACGUAGUCGGCGAUCCUUCGUCGCCCAAAAUCUCACGGAGGACGGACCAACCGAGUCACAACUCACUGCCAACUCGUGAGUCGCGACUCUGUGAAAUGAAUGUCCCUCUUUGGAUUUUUCAGUCUCUUUCGAUUUCACUGAACUCACUCACCCAGGAUUGCUCCAAAGCUCACAUCCUUCAUGGGAAGGACUGCAAUUUUCUCGACUCACUCUGCCACUGUCGCCUUGAUCUGGUUCACCUCUGCUGUCCUCUUCUUCUUUCUCUUCCAAAUGGCCCUCCACAACUCCAGUCCCGCUUCUUCCUCAGAUUCUUUGGUGUCUAAUUCUGAGUUAAGAUCAAAAUUAUACGAUAAGAUGGAGAGGGAUUUGGAUGAGAAAGGGGCACUAUUCCUCAAGGGCGGUGAAACGUCUCAGUCUUUAUCACUUUCUGAUAUCUUCACUAUCAAGGAUGGAUCUGUGACCCCUGUAUUGAAGGCAGCUAAUCCACCUGUUCGCGCUAAUGUUUUGUAUCUAAGCACAGAAUACUCAGUUCCCAUAUCUGAGGCUGUAAAAUCUAUAUUUGAUCCUUAUUUUGAUAAAGCAAUUUGGUUUCAGAACUCUAGCUUGUACCAUUUUAGCAUGUUCCAUGCAUCACAUCAUAUUUCACCGAUUCCUGCUACUGACAAUGAGAUUGAAGCUGAAGCAGCUGCUGUGAAGGCUGCAACAGAGCAUAUGUGCCGAUUGAAAAUAGUUCUAGACAGGGUUAUUCUAACUUCAACCGGUGUUCUUCUGGGAUUUUGGCAGGUAAUAUCAGGGACAGAUCCUGUUACCAUCCGUGCUAAACUAAGGGCAGCGCUUCCACAUGCACCUGAGAAGCAACUUUACGAUGCUGCUAUUCUUCACACAUCAUUUGCUCGGCUUUUGGGUCACCCAAAAGCUUCAGAAACGCUCCAUAGAAGUUCUGAUGAACUCCAACUCUUUCACGAGCUGGUUGCUCGCUUGAAUAAACAAAUCCGUGGGUCCGAGGCAGUGGUGUCGGAGCUGUGGUAUGUGGAGGAAUAUGAUGUUUUAGCUCUGGCUUUGAAUGGAAGAAUGAAGGUUCGCAAGUUCCCGCUUGGCUGCUCCAGCUCUUGAGAUGAAGAAUGUCUAUAUAUAUAUGUCUCCAUUGAUGCUAAUACACACAAGUUUUAAACAAUUCUCUUAGCCAUAGUUGAUGCUCAGUGCGGGCUAAAAGUAAGAGCAUUGAAUAGCAGUCCAAUUUGUCUGCUCCACGGCCCCCCUCCUCCGAAUGAUUUCAAAAUUUAUCGACCACGUGAAACUUGAGAGAGGUAUACGUUACAAAGAGCUUUAUUGUAAAUAAAUAAAGAUGGACCUUCUCUGUCCCCUUACUUAUUUAUUUAACGGAGCUCUAAAAGCAAGUAGGUAAAACAUCUACCAGUGUUAUGAAAGUGGAUAAGUUUGACUCGUUAAAAAAA